AUUAACGUGACGCUUACUGCUGCCUUGGCCUGCUUGUCAUGUGAGCCAACAGCAGCCCAGGGAACGGUGGGCUAUCUAGCACUGCAGCAUCUAAAUCACACACACGCACACAUUCUGAGAGCCGGAGGAAGAAGAUAGGACAAAAUAAUGCAGUGAACAGGAGCAACAGCAGCACAUGGCCAAUCACAUGCAGUCAUCAUUGUGGAAGAUUCCUGAGUGUUGGCAUAAUGGACCCUGUGGACGAAUACAAGUCUCCUUUCAAUUUUGAGCAAGGGGUUAACACCAGCUACCUUUACCUGUCCCCUAAGGAGAACUUCACUCCACCUAGCUCACCCACGCUGUUGUCCAGAGGUACUCAGAGACCAGACUCCAUCCCAGAAGUGGGUGAGGAUGCUGUAACCACAGUUGAACAGCCUGUCUCCAGCACUGCCCUUACUGAAGAGGAACAAGAGGAGUUACGCAAUGAACUGGCCAAGGUGGAGGAGGAGAUCCAGACUCUCUCUCAAGUACUAGCUUCGAAGGAGAAGCAGGUGGCAGAGAUCAAGCGGAAGCUGGGCAUCACCCCCCUCAAUGAACUCAGGCAGAACCUGAGUAAGAGCUGGCAGGAAGUCACCACCUCCCCCGCGUAUAGAAGAACCUCAGAGACGCUGUCCCAGGCAGGACAGAAGGCCACAGCAGCGUUCUCCAGUGUGGGCUCAGCCAUCAGCAGAAAGCUGGAGGAUGUCAGAUUACAGUCAUUUUCCAAUUCCUUUAGCAUACGAUCCAUACAGCAUUCAACUAGCAUGCCUGUGAUGAGGAAUACUCCCACCUUCAAGUCAUUUGAAGAGAAAGUGGACAACUUGAAGACCAAGAUGAGUCCCACACCAUCAACAAGCGAGCUUGGGGACGUUUCAAAAAACUCAACACCUAAUGCAGAGCCCGCGGUGGAGCAGCCAGAGGGGACGACCCUCCAGGACCCAGAACUACAUUGAGGAACCGCCACUGAUCUCACUCCGCUGAUCCUUAAUGGCAAACCUCUUCCACUCUUCCUUUCCUCCUCCCUUUUCCCCCUUCACUCCUCGCUUCUCUGUAUCCUGUGAUAACUGAAAACCAAAACAAAAGCUCCACACCCUGGUUCUUUUUCUUCAAGUGCAUUAAACGGUCUGUUAGAGACAUUACGUUUCUAGUAUAUAGUUCAUGCCAAGUUGGUGAACAUAUAAAAUAUUUAGACAGAAAUACUCUAUGAGGGACAUGCAUAUAUAGCAGUUUUCUCAAAGCUCCUCUGCCUUCAUCACUGCAUGAGUUCACUGAGAGGUAGGUUCCAUUAGUUGCUGUAACGUCUUUCUGAAUGUUUACAUGAGUCUUGAGCAUCUUCAGACCAUGCGUGGUAGCCCUACACUGGAGGUGAGCUUGAUGACUACUUUGCUUCACUGGCCGUCAAAUGGAGUUGGACAUUGACUUAUGAGUGGCAGCAUGUUUCUCAUGUCUCUCUAGCACUUCACACAAGCUGUGUGCCUGGCCUCUGAUCCCUGACCCUCAGGCAGUAGUAACUGGUUAGUUCACACCCACAUGCACAUGCACAAAUUAGGCUCAGCUGAUACCUUGGGGUCAAUGUUCUCUUUAUUGGGUCAAGUAACUAGGGGGUUGGGGUCUACACUGCUGCCCUGGCCUGACGAAUGACCUUUUAAUGUAGUUUUGCUGUGUAAGAUGGACAGUGAGGCUAAAAUUGGAAGGUCAGAUGUGAUAUGUUUCUAUAGAUGAAUUUUCUUAUUAUAUUUCCUUCAAUGUUGCAAAACUAGUAAAUCAUUCAGAGGUAAGGACCUCAUAGAGAAAACAAAGAGUCGAAAAGUUAAGAUAUUUUUUUUUAUUGUGCUGUAGGUUUACCAUUUAGAUUCUGACAUUGUAUGUCGUUGAUCCUCAUAAAUGCCAAAAUUCUAGUAUGACAGCAUGAGCUUCGAGAACUUUGUAUAAACUUAGUUGUAUGCAAAAGUUUGAACUUUGCUGGUAAAAUUAUGUUUUAUUGAUUUUCUAAGUGAAAAUUAGUUUACAUCCUCUACAGGGAAUGCACUGAAGUAUCUUUUUUUGCAUGAGUUUAACAUAUUGGAAAAAAGUAAAACAAAAUGUAAAAUGUAUAAAAUAACUUUUGUACAGUCCACAUUUUCUGUUUGAUUUUUUCCUCAAUAUGUUAAAUUCAGCAAAUAAAACUGUAAUUGUGCAUUAAAAGUGUGCAGAAGUGUGUUCUCUGUAGAGGCUGUGUUAACUUAUCUUCCACUCAGAAAAUCAACAAAACAUGACAUGUGACCGGGGACAGCCAAACUUAUGCAUAUGACUAUAUGUCCAGUCUGCUGGCUAAUGCUAUCUAAUGCUCCACAAAGAUAUCCAUAGUGACGUAACAGAAGUUUCAAUGCUCAAAACGUAAAAAACAGUUAAAGUUACAUGUGCUAUUGUUUAUGCUUCAGUUUUGUAGAAAGAUAAAUAUGAACUAGUUGGCAACAUUAAAUGAGAGUUUCUAGCCAUCAUCUGCUUGCAAAGCUCCAGUAGUUGUUUGUAAACAACUAAGCUUUUCGAGGAGUCUUUAAUGUGUCUUGUUACUGUAAAA